AACGAAUAAAAAGUGAAUAUCAAGAACAAAGAAGCGCCAGAAAAUGAAAUUUUUAGUUAGCGGACAUGGUUCGAUUAGAGAUUCGAUUAAAUUUGGAUUUCAAAUUUGGUGCGUGGGAGUUACGAAACUAGAAUGUGUAACGGGCGAAGGAAGAGCGAGAGAAAGAAUCUGGCUGUAUGAGAGAUUGAGGAGCAACGACUUUGAAACCAGAGGGAGGGUGGCGAGCACGAGGUUGAACUUCCCUUUCUUGUUCUUGCAUCAGCUUUACGCUUUGAGGCUCCCGAUGGCGGGACAUACAGAGAGUGUGUUGCCCUUGCAUGUCAUUGAUUUGGCGGAGAAUGAUCGACAUCUGCUCGCUCAAAAAGUGAAAAAGGCAUUGCCAUUUCUCUUCCUCUGCUCUUUUGUACGACGUUUCGUUCAUACGCCGCACGGUUCUUUACGGUGCUGGAAGAUAUUGGGAGCCUCUGCUGGAAGCAUAUCGGCCCUUAAUUUACUUUCAGAGAGAACUUGCGUGUCUUGAACAUGGAUUCUUCUAUUUGAUAAAUCACGGGAUAGAUCUGAAACUCAUUGACAAAGUAUUUGAGCAGAGCAAACUGUUCUUUGACCUACCAGUGGACGAAAAGAUGAGAUCGCUUCAAGACAACAAUUAUCGUGGCUAUGUACCCAUCGGAAAGGAGACCUUGAAUCCUAUCGAGUCAAAGCAAGGGGACUCAAGGGAAGCCUACUUCAUAGGAUGGGAAAUGUCCGAAGAUCACCCACUAGCUCUGAAACCACUGCAUGGUCCCAAUCAAUGGCCCUCUAAAGAUCUACUUCCAGAAUGGAGGGAAACAUUGGAAACAUAUUUCUACAAACUUCUAGAAGUUGGACACUGUGUGGCAUCACUGGUCGCGUUGGCCCUGGACCUGGAAGCGGAUUAUUUUCGACACAUGUUUAUGGCCCCAGCCGUGGCCUUGCGGCCAUUACACUACAUUGGUGAGAUCUCAUGCCCAGAAGAAGGAAGGUUUGGAACAGGACCUCACGGAGAUUAUGGCAUGCUAACCUUCCUGGCUACAGACGAAAACAGAGGUCUUCAGGUGUGCAGAGCCAGAGAUGGAGAGCCGAAGUUAUGGGAAGAUGUGCCACCUAAAAAAGAAUCUUUUAUCGUAAACUUGGGAGAUAUGUUAGAGAGAUGGACAAACGGCCUCUUCAAAUCAACUCAGCAUCGAGUUGUCACAGAUGGGAUUGAUCGCUAUUCGGUUGCAUAUUUCUAUGAUCCGGACUAUGACACAGUGAUCGAGUGUUUACCAACGUGCCAUUCGGAAGAAUUUCCCCCCAACUAUCCACCUAUAACGAUGGGAGAUUACUUCAAAAUGAAGUUCACUUCGAGAGCUCAAGGUUCUUCGAAUAUGAAUUCAACGCCAAUCUGACUUGAUAAAACGCUUCUCCAAAAUCCCUUUGAUACUAGUAUUGUAACAGAGGUUUGAAGUGUUUGCAUUUCUGCUUCGCCUUCGGUACUGCUGGUUAUUUCUCCCACAAAUGUGCCAAAAGCAAUUGAUCGAUCAGCAUAUCCAGUACAUAAACUAAAUGAGAAUUGCAUUUUUCGUAUAUAUUAUAAAAUGUAUGUCUCAAGGUGGAA